GACUUCCCACAGCUUGAGGAGGAAUCAUGGAUUUCAAGAGCGUGAAGGAGUAUUUAGCCUGGCUCUACUAUCAAUACCAGAUCAUCAGCUGCUGUGCCGUCCUGGAGCCCUGGGAACAGUCUAUGUUCAAUACCAUCUUACUAACCAUUGUUGCCAUGGUGGUCUACACUGCUUAUGUCUUCAUCCCCAUCCACAUCCGCCUGGCUUGGGAAUUUUUCUCCAAAAUAUGCGGAUAUCACAGUUCAGUUUCAAACUGAUCUCUCCGGAAGCUUGCGAAACAGCAUGAUGGGUUCCCGUUGCUUACAACUCGUCGACCUAGGGGACUGCAGCAUCUUUCACCUCUGACCUGACCAGCGCCCUCUCUAUGCACCCACGUCCCGCCUGGCCCAUGCAGCAUGGUUGUGUCUGAUGACAGGAGACACAAUGACUUCACCCCGCACCCCACAUGCGCUCGACUCAACUCCGUGGCGUUAGAUUUCUGUUGGAGAUCAGGACGCUUUCAAAUAAAACUUUCCCGGGAAAUAGGCUUGUAAGAAACCCGACAGAGUCGUAUUUAAAAUCCUCUCUUCAUAUUACUCCAUACUAAGGGAUGCGUUACAGAAAGUAUUUCCUAGGCUACUGUCAAAAGUACCUGCUCUUGUUUACAAUCUAUUAAAAGAUGUGAAUAAAAAAAAAAAACCC